AUGAUGAAACUUAUAGAUACUAAAAUUCAAGGUCCUGCAUAAUCUUAGGAAAUUACUCCUUUUGAAUUUAUCAAAAAUUAUUUUUUAAGUAGGGAUUCUUCAGUUGUAAGAAUUCCAUUAAACUCAAUUUUAGCUGGUACGGCUGGCGCUUUUUUCGGUUUAGCAAAAGCCCUUUAUAAAGAAGUGCCUUAGAGACCUUUGAUUAAAAGCCACGGAUUAGGCGCUUUUGGGAUGGGACUGUUAUAUUAUACUGUAAAUGAAGUAGCAAACGGAAUAGUUAGAAGAAGUAUGGACCGUGAAUAAUUAUUCAUUAGCAAUACUGCAGCAGGUGUAGUGACUAAUAUAGCAACAUUUUUAUAUUUAUAAUAAAGCAACUAAGCAAAGUUUUUUGCUAAUUUUAUGAGAAGCAUUAAAUUCUCUUGGACUCUUUGUAUAGGAUCUAUAAUGUGGGAUAUUUAUGUCGUUUAGAUAAGACACUACUUUUUAAUUCAUGGAUUAGAUAAUUAUAGAAAAGAAUCAAUUAAAAUCAAUCGUAUUCCUAGUGAAGGAAAAAGAUGGCUUCGUAUGAAAGAAAUAGAAAAAUUGAGAGAAUAAGCAAACAUCGAAAGAUUUGGAGUUCCUUAUCUUACCAACUAACUUUAUUAGAAUAGAGAUAGCUCUCUUACUUUUGAAGAAGUCUAAGAGCAGAUUAAAAUACAUACUGAAUAUUUAAAGUCUUAAAAUAUGCUUACAGAAGACUACCAAGAUUCAUCUAUUUUCUCAAAACAAACUUAAAGUCAGUAACAAACACCUGUAGUUGUUCCUCAAAUUGAAAAAGGUUAAUAAAAAGAAGCUCAAAACUCUAAAUGA